AUGCUUACUGAAAACGAACAUAUUUUAAAUGAAAACCCAACUAUUUUCUCAACUAUUUCUAAAACUGUAUCGGAUACUAUUUCUUAUUUAAGUAGUAUCGAUAACAGAGCAAGUAACGUUGCUGUCGAUUCCGCUCAAAAAUCAUUCGACGCAGAGCCUUUGGAUAACUUGAUCGCCGUCUUCAUUAUUUGGUUCAUUGUCUUUUUCGUUCUAUUGUUCUUCAUCGGUUUGGUGGUUGUUGUCCUGUUAAACUACAGAAACUCCUCCAACAACGUCUACAAUGACGAUAAACUCGAGUACAAUGAAGAUGCUUACUACGACGAUGAUGACGAUGAUGAAUACUACUAUUCAGACGAAGAAUAUAGCUCGAAAUCACAUUCUAAGUCAAAUGAUGAUAUUGAAAAGCAAUUAUCAUCAGCCGUUUGA